CUCUCUCUCUCUCUACCAUGGCAGUGUAUGCGGCAAAUUGUGUUCUAAUCCUGAGCAAUAAUCUCCAGUUCUCUUCAAAAUUUCCGUUUCCCCUCCUGCAUUCUGCAAAUAAUUAUAAUAAUAAAUUGGUUAUGAAUAAUGGUGUUGCGAAUGCAGUGCAGAAUGCUCUUAUGGGCUUGGGUAUGAUAGAGAUGACAUGGAUUAGCGCGUUUUUCAUCGGGGCGGGUUGUUUGGCUCUGGGGUGGCUUAUUGGGGGGCGGCGUUCGUCUCGUGCUGCUCCUAAAUCAUCAAAAGAUGCUGAAAUAAAUGAUGGUGGGAGGAAAAAAAUUAAUCGGGGUAAACCGCCUCUUGAGGUUGAAAAACUUGCCGAAAUUAUCGAAGAUUUCAAAAUGGUUUUGGUUGUGAGGAAUGACCUAAAAAUGGGGAAAGGGAAGAUUGCUGCCCAGUGCAGCCAUGCGACAUUGGGGCUGUACAAGAAAAUACUAAACCGGGCGCCGAAAUCUUUGAACAGGUGGGAGAUGUGCGGGCAGGUUAAGGUUGUUGUGAAAAUCGAAAGUGAAGAUGAUAUGCUUGUUCUACAGGAAAGGGCAAAAUCCCUAAAUUUGCCAACACAUGUUACAAUUGAUGCUGGCAGAACACAGAUUGCUCCAAAUUCAAGGACAGUGAUGGCCGUCCUAGGACCAGCCGACCUAGUUGAUGAUGUAACUGGUGGAUUGAAGCUUUUAUAGUGAAGACAAGUUCCUACACUAUGUAACAGGAGAAACAGUGUGAUGAUUCCUUGGCUAUGUGACGAGUUCCUUUGCAGCUGAUGAUGAUGAUGAUGAUGACAAAUUUAAAACAUGAACCGUUUUGUGUGAGGCGUCUUUAUCGUUUUCUGGAUGUGGGCCUAUUGAACUGUGUAAUGUUAUCCGACUUGUUCGCACGCUGUUAUUUUUUCAAAGGCUUGCACGCCUUGCAUUAAAAGUUGAAAAAUGUAUCGGGAUGUAUCCUGAACAGCUUAGAUCUGAUGUUUCUUAUUUAAAUUCCAUUAAUGGCACCAAAUUUAGGCCUGAAAUUCAACUUGUUUCGAUGAA